AUGACCACCAUCACCCUGUACGACAACACUCACCUGACUGGAAACCAUGUGGUGAUUGAUAAGGAUACUCCAGACCUAGCAGGUGAAAACUUUGCGGAAAAGGCACAAUCCCUUGAAGUCAAUGGAGAUCCCUGGAUCGCGUUCACAAGGAAACAUUAUUUAGGUGACUUUUCUGUCUUUGAAAGUGGGAAACACAACACGAUAAGACUGCGUAAUAGUUUCUUCUCGGUGAGGAAGACAGGUCCAUUAAAAGAUCCAGAAAUUACCGUGUAUGAGGAUGUCAACUAUCAAGGCAAACACCAAAAACUUACAUCUGGAGUGCCUUCACUAUGCUCCAUUGGAAUGAGUCGAAUCUCAUCUUACAAGACACAUUCAGGAGUUUGGAUUCUGUAUGAAACAGUAAACUAUAAUAAUCAGAUGGAAGUGGUUCCUGUUGCUGGUGAUAAUGUGCAAGACAUAACAAAGUUGACAAACAAGCAUAUUCUGUCACUCAAACCUCUUGAAGAUUGUGAUCUCUCAAACCUUAACAAUAUUGUGAGCUAA